UUUAGAUUCUGACUCAGUAACGCGCGCUGAUCCUGUGGUUUAGUCCGUAUUGUAACAGACUUUAAGGAUGGACAUGUUUAAUUUAAUCAGCCCUCAGAUGAAUACCACACUGCCGAGUGAAGACUGGAGAACUGUUUAUUCAGCUGUGCGGUGGAUUCAAAUGUCAAUGGCACUUCUCAGUAUUUUAGGCUCUGGCUCCAUCAUUUUCUACACUGUUCUCCAAAGACAUGUGAGAAGUUCUGAGGUACAACCCCUGUUUCUGUUGAGUUUAACGGACAUGCUGUUAGCCGGGAGCUGGUUGAGUGGCGCGCUUCUCUUCAGCAACUCCUGUGACACUCCUGCUACCUGUUACAACCUCCACACUGUAGAGCAGACUUUUUUCAUGGCUUCCUUUUUCUAUACACUCCACUAUGUGUGGGUGCUCUAUACUGGUCUGAAGAAGAAGCAUCAGUGCAGACUGAAUGGUUUCCCAGCUCAGCUUCCAGCCCAAGUAAACCCAUGCAAUCAGCUGGCAGCAGUUAUGUCCUGUGUUUUGCCCCUGAUCCUCACAGUGCCAGUGUUCAUAACAGGAAAUGUGGCUCACUGUUACGUGAACUUUACCCAGCCCUACAGAUGCCUUUUGUUACACACCGGUGCUCUCUACCUAACCUCACAGGAGAGUGAGACACUCCAGCCUUGUAAGACCAUCAGUGACUACUCCAUCGCUAUCUUCCUAAUAACCUUCUUCUUCACGCUUACUGGAAUUGUGGUGCUUAUGGUAAAAGCUCGCUCUUUGUACAAGCGCUGCGUUACUUCUCACGGUUUCUUCGCUGACCGUCAAUGGGCCACACUUCGUGUGCUGGAGCAGCGCAUGAUUCUCUACCCAUCUGCAUUCUUUUUCUGCUGGGGACCAGCAAUUAUUCUGGCCACUAUGAUUUUAUUCAAACCGGAGGAAGUGGAAGGAAAGGUGGGAGUUAUUCUGUACAUUCUCCAGGCCUUUACCUCAGGCUCUCAGGGGCUGUUGAACUGUCUGGUGUAUGGCUGGACCCAGCAGCACUUCCGCACCUUAAGCAGUGCCACUGUGCGGGAUGCCGAUACUCAAACACCACUGCUGCGCUCCCAGAAGCUAGCUUAUAACACCCUCGCCUCAUCCAGCACAGACUUGCAACACUUCUAAGGAAUGCAAAAAGGAAAAGUACUUUUCAAAGCCUAAUCUACAAGACUAAUGUUUUGUCCUGAGGGAAUUUAAUCUGGACAUCCAUGCGUGAAAUGCGUCUCUGAAGAUGUUUUUUUUUUUCACUUCUAUGGUCACACACAGGGCAGUACACCUGUUCCUCUGGCAACACUGCCAGGUGGCCAGUCAAGAUGGGGCCAAAAAAAAAACUUAUCUGAGAGUUGUGACAAUGAUCACGAAGGAGGAGGUCUAGUAUUGGUUUUGUUAUGAGUCCUGCUGCUGCACCUGCCACCAGAAAGCCAUGUCAGCGAGUUUAUUUGCAGAACCUCUAGCUAGGUUUAUAAACAGCAGCAAACUUUACACAAGGUUAGAGUGGAGAUGGAAAAAAGGGUCAGUCAUGAAGCAUACUUCUUUUGUGUGCUGAUGUAUUGCCACAUUGACUCCAAAAUCGCUUUUUUUUCUCUAAUGAUGUAUUAUAAUAGUUAUAGAGAUGCACCAGUUGAUCAGCCAGUGACCGGAAUUGGCCGGUUUUUGAUCAGCCAAUCACAUUGGACAACCGAUGCUGUGCCGAGUGCAGGAGCUUCUGAGCGGCAACAGGAACACAUUUUUAAGCCGUUACAUUAUUAAAAGUUGCGUGUGUUAAAAAGCCUCCGAUUGACCUUUUUCUCCAAACCCUGUGAGUGAAUUAGUCCUGAAACCCACUCAUUACACACUCUUAUACCAGUAUCAAAACUCCACGUGCACUUCAAGUCUCAAAACGUGAAUUAGAAGCCACGCAUGGCCAUGUUCUCAUAACUAAUUAACAUGAGGUGAAGACUUUGGAGGCAUUUGAGGCAGUAAAAUAAUAUUUUUUAUAAUUCUACAGGCAUUACACUAAAAACUAUUCACACAUCAGCAUCUCAGGUCGU